AUGCCAGCAUCAAACCACAGUCGAGUUUUGAACAAAUUGAAGGAAGUUGUUAUUGAAAUGAACUCAUCGAAGUUUUUAAAAUACGUACCACCUUAUAUUGGAUUACCACCGUCAAAUAAAACACAGGUAGUUGGAGAAUCUGUGCUUAUAGACUGUGAACUACCUCGUUUGGUUAGAAUUGUCUCUCCAGGAAAACUACAAAAUGUUGACAAUCUUGGUCAUAAUUACAGGAAGGUCUUUGAUAUUCAGAGUACUGAAAAUUGGGAAAUAAGCUGGAGACGUGCAGUUUUAUUGCAUACCAAUAUGAAUCAACUGACUUAUGAAAUGAUUCAUGGGAAAAACGUAAGAUUUAAAAUUCUUCAGAGUGGAAGCUUGCAAAUAAAUGAUCUUCAAAUAAGUGACUCUGGAAUAUAUACUUGUCAAGUGAAAGAUGAAACGAAUGUUAAAUAUGAGGUUGCGGUUCAUUUGAGCGUACUAUUUUCCAAACCUAAAGAAGCUAUUUCAGACUACCUUCAGGAAUAUCCUCUCUCUGCUCCAAAUAAUCUUCAAGUGAUGAAUACAACAGACCGAAGCAUCACACUAUCUUGGAAUCCCCCUUUCUUGUACAGCACAGAUGGUCAAAGUAGAUCCAUUUUACCUAUGAACUACUGGAUUGAAAUUUACACACCUGAAAGGUCCGACGAAGGGUGGAUGGCAGUGGAACGGACUUGGCCUGUUAAUUUGAUCACUUUAAACGGUAUCAGUUCCGAUAUUCCAUACUACAUUAUAGUUCGUGCAAGAUUAGGUGAGGGUCGAGUAGGAUGGGCAAGUGAUCCGUUUGGACCCAUAUUUACGAAAACAUCAAAAAUAUAUAGCAAAUACACUUCCAGAAGACCAGACAGUAGUAUGGAACAACUUGCUUUGAAACCUGUUGAGCUGAGAAAUAUUCAACUAACAGUUCUGUCACCUAAAAGUAUCCAUGUUAGCUGGAAUGUAUUUGAAAUGCCAUCAAUUUUAUCACGGGUGAAUGGAUAUAUCAUCUAUUAUCGAAGUGUAGAACAUGUACGGUGUUUAAACGACAAGUAUUUGCAAACGGGACCAAAUGAUGCAAACUUUGUGAAUAACUAUUGCAGCUUAAAUCCAGAGAACUAUCACAAAUCGUCUGGUGUUAAUGAAAUAUACAAUCGCCUGGAGUUGAUGAGACAAAUUUAUCAAGAAGAACAGGAGAAUAACAUAACAGAUUCCGUUACUUCUUUACCAGGAGUCAUUUCGACUGUCACUAUCGAAGCACAUUAUACAAAAGGUGUACAGGAUAGUAAGGAAUCCCAACCCAUAAACCAUAAAGUUACAUCCUUACUAACAGAACUUCGACCAUUUCGUUGUUAUGAAGUGGGGAUAAAGGCUUUUCAUGAAAAAGUAUCAGUUAGUUAUUUAGAAACCCGCGAUAUAUUUACACAUACAGCGCUGACCUACGAAACAAGCCCAAUGUCAGCACCAAGAAACAUAUUUGCUGGUUGGCUGUUUGGUGGAAAUCUGGAGCUGGAUGGACAGCACCACCUGUGUCUGAAUGGAAUGGAAUUAUUCUUGGCAUUUAGUAUUCAGUUAGCUGCAUACACAUGUGUUGGUAUUGGAGUUAGAAGUGAAUCUUUGAAAAUUGACACGAAUCAAAAUAUUUUUUCAAAAAGUGACAGAGAUUUGUCUACAUUAAAAACGACUGAAAACCUAAGGAAAUCAGCAUUUUCCGUUUUAACGGAGUAUUCAAGUAAGGAUGAAAAAUUAGUCAGUCAACCGUGGUUCAUUAGUGCUAUGAUUAGCAGUCUUUUAGCGUGGUGCGUUAUAUUUGGAAUGUGUGCUCUCUGUUGGACACGUCGUAACAAGUUUUGCAAGAAGCGUUUAACUUACCAAAUAUCACAACCUAAUUUCCAGUACAGUACACCUUCAGAUGACAAACAUUGUAAGUCUAAGUUAAAUAACAUGGAUGAAAUGGAUAAAUGUUGUGCUAUACAGCAUAUUAGAUAUCCAAAGAAUCAGAUGAGCAAUGCUUCGAUGACAAUAAGUGUUAGUUCAGGUGACCAGACAACUGACGCCAAGAUUCACCCUCACGUUUCAUAUUUGCCGAUAAGACAACCAUCAGAGAAUACAUCAAACGGGAGUCCAAAAAACUAUGGUUUACGACAUCUAGAGUAUUGUGAAGAACCUCGUAUAGGCGUGUCUAAACCUCAGCCUAAGCCGGAUCGGUUUCGUCCCAAUAUUGGUACUGAAGGUAUUCCCACAAACACUAAUUCUAAUAUGCCCCAGAUGUUUCAGACAUUUUCUAGACGUUUUACUCCGAAUUCACCUACAAAUAUUGCUUAUUUCUCCAGUGAGAACCAAGAUCCUAUCAAGACAAACUCAUCACACUUAACUUCGGCCUCACAAACUAGUUCUGAACCAUUUGAUUCCGCUAUUUAUUUGGAACAGAUACCUAAUAGACUACACUUUAACGAUUCCUCAGGUUCUGCCUUAACUCCACCAACGGUGAUGACUGCUUUGAAUGGUAAAACCAGUGACUGUUGCAAUGGAAAAACCUACUCACCUGUUGUCACACCAUAUGCAACGGCCUCUAUUAUACAAAGCCAGAAUCAUGAUACUAUUUUACAAUCACCUAAACAACAAGUUCAACCAAACAAUAAUAUUUCAUUGAAUGAUACCAUUAACCCAAUGGAAUUCUGUCCCCAGAAUAUGUAUAUAACAUGCAUGGACCUAUCCAACUGUCAGAAAGCAAUGAUCAUUACAAACACUGGUGGUAUGGAAUGCAGCUGA